AUGUCCGUCCCUCCUCCGGACAGAGCAGCGCCGCCGCCCGCAGCCAGUGGCCGCUCGCCACGUGGCGCGCCGCCGUCCCCGCCGCCGCGGCCCGCCGGGCCCAGGCCCGCGCGGCCGCCCGUCCGCCUCGCCGCGUCCCCGCUCGCCGGCGUCUCCGGGGGCCGCCGCUCGCCGGCCGCCUCGACCCCGCCGCCGGUCGCCCCGGGCCCCGCCUCCUCCGCCGGCCUCCGUUCCGCGCGGGCCCGAGCCGCCGCCGCCCCGAGGCGCUCGCCCCGCCCGCGCCCGAGAGGUCCCGCGCCUCCCCGCCGGUUUUCGCCGCCGUCUGCGCCGUCGGCGCCGCCCCGCCGACUCGCCGCGCCCCGCCGCCGUCCGCCCCGCUCCGGUCGCCGCCCUGUCACCGUGCGCCGGCCGCCGCUGGCUCGCCCCCGCCGGAUCCUCCCCAACCCGCGCCGUCCGUCGCCCGUCGCCGCCACCCUCGCCGCCGGCGACCUCCCUCGGCCCCGCCUCGGACCUCGCGCGCCAGAUCCGAUCGAACCCCGCGUUGACCUCGCCCCCCCCCCCUCGAGGUCGUUUUUCUGCCAAGUCCCCAGAUCUGCAUAUUAUGUGUGCUAG